AUGGUAACAGAAAAACAAACCGACGUUGCCGAAGCCAUCGAGCGUGUUCCGGAUGGCAGCACCCUGAAAGAUGCCGUCAUGGACGCCGCGUUGAAGGGCCAGGCAACGACAGGCUACGAAACUAUGACGCCGUGGGAGACGAUCAAGACGUUCAAGAUCAGCACCCUCGCAUGCUUUGCCGCGGCAUUUAGUGCUGCUACAGAUGGAUACCAGAUUGGGAUGAACUCGGGCAUCGUCGCCAACAAGGCAUUCGUUAAGCAAUUCGCCACCACCGUCGACGCCAAAGGCCAGCCGGCUCUCGCGUCCCCGGUCCUCGCUGGUUGGAGCUCCGUCCAGUCCGUCGGCCAGAUCAUCGGCAUGGUGGGCCUGUCCUUUGUGUCCAGCCACUUCGGCCGCAAGGUGGCUAUGUACACAUACUGGAUAAUUUUGGCUUGCAGCAUUGUGGCCGAGUCAGUAGGCCGAUCAUGGCAGGCGUGGCUCGUGGCGAAGCUGCUUGCGGGUAUCGGCGUCGGGUCGAUGCAGUCCAUCUUGCCGACGUACAUUUCCGAAGUGGCGCCGGUGCGCAUCCGCGGUGCCCUGCUCAUGAUGUACAGCCUGUGGUGGACACUAGGCACCUUCUUCGCCUACACUGCUAUGCAGACCCUCAACAAACACCACCCGGACGUCUACCUCAUCUCCAUCUACACCCAGUGGGCCCAGGUGGGCAUCAUGCUCAUCAUCUACAUCUUCCUGCCCGAGUCGCCGGCCUGGUGCGUCACACGCGGAUACAUGGACAAGGCCCGGACCUCGCUGAAGCGGCUCAACAAGGGCGUACGGGACUUCAAUCUCGACCACCAGCUGCAGGUGCUGGUCCUGACUGUGGAACACGAGCAGGCCGUGGCGGUCGAGCAGCGGCGCGAGCACUGGUACUCCAUCUUCCGCGGUGUUGACGGAUUCCGCACGGUGGUGACGUUGUGGACCAACCUGUCGCAGCAGUUCAUCGGAAACACGCUGUUCGGCACCUUUGGCACAUACUUCUUCCAGCAGGCCGGGCUGGCGGAUCCCUUCAAAAUCAAGUGCAUCACCGAGGCUGUUCAGAUUGCCACCGUCAUCAUUGUCGUUCUCAUCUCCGAUUAUUCGGGCCGACGAUUAAUUGCCUGUUCGGCCACAACACUCAUGUGGUUGGCCUGUGUCGCCAUUGGCAUUCUGGGUGUCGCCCGCCAGGUCAAGGCAACCAACUAUCUUCUUGUUUUCUUUGCGUGCUUGUGGAAUGUCGGCGUGACAGCUAACGGAGCCGCAGGAUGGGGUUACAUUGGUGAGAUCUCGUCCCAACGCCUGCGUCCGUACACUGCUGGUUUUGGUGCCGCCACCACCUGUGUGGUCGGCGUCGUCAUGGGCCAGCUGACGCCGUACAUGGUGAACUCGAGCAAGUGGAACUGGGGCCUCAAAACGGGCUGGUUCUACGCUGGCGUUGGUCUUCCUUUUGCCGCCGGCAUGUGGCUGUUAAUUCCUGAAACCGCUGGCCGCUCCGCUGCUGAGCUGGAUGAGCUGUUCGAGCGAAAGAUUAACCCGUGGCGCUUCGCCAAGACGGAGACGGCCAUUCAGAGAGUGGUCCAGAAUGAGAAGGAGCAGUCGUAG